GUUUCACGAAAAUGGAGGUAAUGGAAAGUCCUUUGUUUCAUUUGGAGACACCAUUAGACCUGCCACCUUGUGCCGCAGGAUUCAUAUGGGAUGUCGAGGAGAACGCCUGUCUGCCGGAUAUGGGGGAUAUUUCUGACGUGGAGAUUAGAGCUCCCGUACCGGAUACGCGGUGCGCAUAUGGAUACUACUUUCAGCCGGUUAUGAAGCAGUGCACGCGAAAGAAGUAUACGGUGACUAGAGGACCCGGUGCUAUUAGUAGGUGGUGGCAGAAAAUUCGCGAAAAACCGACAAUACCAAAAUAUGUGCAUCGACCGAUUCCGACAAGAGAACCACCUGUCUAUACGGGCGAAUAUUGGAAGUAUCACAACUUUGGAAGAGAUCAUACCCAUCCUUAAGGUCAAUGGAUUGUCCUUGCUUCCUGAUUGGCAUUUUUACAUUAACCCAUUUAAGUUAUAAACCAACUGUAAUCGCAGGAUAUUUUUAUUUCAAAUCAAUAAAGAAAUACGAUUUCCUAGCCGUA